AUAAACCACCACAUUCAGAUUCGACCUAAAGGAACUCAAUUUGGAUACGCAUGAAUGCUCAGUAUUUUAUAUGGAUGCGUCUGUUUUCAUUCUGAGUGAUUUAAUCGAUUAUAUCGUGGAAAGAUAAACUAUUUGAAUUAUGAAGGAUAAAGUAUCUCAAGAGCUGUUAUGAACCUGUGACUUUUUCUAUUCUUUUCCUUUCUUUUCAUUUUUUUUUUAUUUAUUUUUUUAUUGGAUGUGUUUAUAUACUGACCGAGUAAAUCAUGCGAGGCUUUGCUGGAGUUCAGUCACGCCGUGAACCUAGCGGCUCUGCUCCCAGGAUCUACCUGCCCUUCAUCUUACUGCUCACGUUCACUCCCAGUGUGGACUCGUCCUGGUGGUACAUUGGUGCUUUAGGAGCAAGGGUCAUAUGUGACAACAUUCCAGGGCUGGUGAACAAGCAGAGGCAGCUCUGUCAGAGACACCCAGAUCUCAUGCAGUCCAUUGGAGAAGGAGCCAAAGAGUGGAUCCGAGAAUGCCAGCACCAGUUCCGACACCAUCGCUGGAACUGCAGCACAAUGGAGCGAGACCAUACUGUUUUUGGCCGCGUCAUGUUGCGCAGUAGCCGUGAAGCAGCAUUUGUUUAUGCGAUCUCCUCUGCCGGGGUGGUUUAUGCCAUCACCAGAGCGUGCAGUCAAGGAGAGCUGAAGAUCUGUGGCUGCGACAUCAACAGGAGAGGCCGGGCGAGCGAUGAAGAAGGCGACUUUGACUGGGGUGGCUGUAGUGACAACAUCAACUAUGGCAUCAAGUUUGCCAAAGCUUUUGUGGAUGCCAGAGAGAGGAUGGUCAAAGAUGCCAGAGCACUGAUGAAUCUGCACAACAACCGCUGUGGGAGAAUGGCUGUAAAGCGUUUUAUGAAGACUGAAUGCAAGUGUCAUGGAGUAAGUGGGUCAUGUGCUCUCAGGACAUGCUGGCUGGCUAUGUCUGAUUUCCGGCAAACAGGGGACUACUUGAGAAAGAAGUACAAUACUGCUGUGGAGGUCACCAUGAACCAGGACGGUUCAGGCUUCAUGGUCGCUGACCGAAAUUACAAGAGGACGACCAAAAAUGAUCUAGUAUACAUUGAGAACUCUCCAGACUAUUGUCUAAUGGACCGUUUGGCAGGUUCCCUGGGUACAGCAGGACGGGUGUGUAACAAGUCCUCCAGAGGCAUGGACGGCUGCGAGGUCAUGUGCUGCGGCCGUGGGUAUGACACCACGCGUGUAAACCAUGUGAGCAAAUGCGAGUGCAAGUUCAAGUGGUGCUGCGCUGUGGAGUGCAGGGACUGUGAGGAAACUGUGGACGUCCACACCUGUAAACCACAUAAGAAACCCGACUGGCUUGAUUUGACCUGACUGCCAUGACCAUGACCAAUCAGCAGCUACUGGUGCUUUUCCGUUCUCAGGUUUUUGAAGUGGGCCAACGCAUUGUGGAAUGUGUAGUUUCUGACUGUAACGCUCUGAUCUCCACUUGCAGAACCCUGAACUUUACCCGCCUUCAAUGAUGCAAGUACAGAGAUUACAGGCCAGUCUGGAGCACUGGUAGACGGUUGGUGUCAUGGGAAAUCACACAAUGGAUAUUGUCUGGUGUUUAAUAGAACCAACUGUGAACUGUUUUCAAACUGUAAACACAUGUGGCUGAUAAUAUCUGUGUCUAUAUACAUCAAAUUAUGUUUUUGGACAGCUUUGAUAAAUGCAUAGAGUUUUAGGGAAAGAACAAUAUACAGCAUCAGUUCAAAAUUCCCAAAGAACAUAGCGAGUCACAUUUAGUCGCAUUUCACUACAAGAACAAUUCCACUUCAUGGUCCAAAAUAAUACUUUGAAGGGUGCUGUAAAAAUGUGAUAACUGUACUUCUCAUUUACUUCAUGGACCAUCAUUUUGAUACACAACUUAUGCAUGAAAGAAUUUGAUCAAUGAUCAAUUUAUUAGGUGCUUUCGCACCAGAAUAACCUUUUCAUAGUUCCUAGAACUACUGGUGGAAGUUCCCGGUUUUUGGUGUGUUCACAUCACAGGAACUAGAACGUACGUUGUUUCAGGAACUUUGGCCAAACAUACAAAACACAGGCUACCUGACAUUUUUAAAAAGCCUUGGAAAAUAUUCAGGAAAACAGCCAUAACGUCGUUUACCUGUUGUCUGCAGAGUUAUUUUCUCAGCCUCAAUGAUUAACACUGCAUGUUUUCAUAGGAGAUUUGGUCAGAUUUUCAUGCAUUUUUAAUUGCGUAAACUGUGCGUUUACAUUCCAUCUCUGUUAUCACAAAACCCGCAAUCCACAACACAGCUCCGAACACUUCAUCGUCCAUUCACCAGUUGUUGAUGUUUGUAAAUUACCAUGAAUAAGGACGUCACUGUUGGCCACUUCAGAAUUCCUGCUGCUGGUGCAAAUGCAACCAGGAAAACGGCCCGAGGGAAAAAUUGGCUCUCUAGGAACCACCAUGCUGGCUUGUUCCUAGAACAAAGUUCAAUAGAACUAUGUGACGCAAAAGUGUCUAUUGUAACAUCCCAUUGUCAUUGUAUAUCAGAGAAAUAUAUCUUUCAUGUUAUCUUUUAAAAUAUCUAAGCACUUAAACAUCCCUUUGAAUAUGAGCACUUUUUUGUUGGUUUGGUAAAGUUUGGUUCCAAAAACUUGUCUAUGAUCAGUAUCUCAAUAUUUUCCCUGAUGGAUUUUUCGUUGACAUUUGAUGUUUAUUUAAAUAAAGAAUCCAAACCAUCAGA